AUGGUCGCGAUUGACGCCGCCUCGCGCGGCAAUUCCGCCGAACUUUUCUCAUCCGUCGCAUUCUCUCCCUUUCCGACGGUCUCUUCCGCAUUUUUCGGCCCGUCCGCCGCGCCGCCGCCGCAGCCGCCGGCGCCGCCUCCGCAGUUCGUAGAUUCGUUCUGCCAGCCGCAGUUCAACGGAUCGUGGGCGUCAAUCACGAACGAGCUCGGCGCGUUCACGCCCUGCUUCAUCGACAUUGUCGUACUCGGUACAGCGUACCUCGCUAUGAUUCUUCUAGCCGUGCUGCGGCUGCACGUUCUCUACACCACCCCGCGCGCGCAGCAGCGGGCGGUUGCGCCCGGGUGGCGCGGGGAGCGGGGGAUUGUGGCGGCUGCUGCGCUGGCGCUGACCUGUGCGGUGGUCCCGCUGAUGCAGCUGAGCGCUCGCGUGUCACUGAGCUCUUUCUCUACAGAUGCGGAUUUACCGCCUUACGAGGUCUGCUCCUUGAUCCUGGCCUUUUUAGCCUGGGCGCUCACAGCAACGGCGCUCUUCUGGGAGCGCAGGCGCAUGGCGGUGAAGGGCGCAUGGCUGCUGCGAUUUGCAGUGCUCUACGUGAUGGUGGGGCAGCUGGCGAAGCUGCGAUUCGUGCUCAUUCUGCAGCAGGACUUCCAGGCUUUCUUUGUGGAGCUUUUCUUUGGCUACACAUCAGCUCACGUGCUCCUAGGCCUGCUCGCGCUCUUCUUCUUCCCCGGCCUGCUCCCUCUUGAGCACCCGUCGCCAGGCCUCUCCUCCUCUGCCCUUGCAGCCGCAGAGGCAGAGGCAGCACCGCUCUUGCCACCUGCAACAGCAGCAGCAGCAGCAGCAGCAGCAGCAGCAGCAGCAGCAGCAGCAGCAGGGGCAGCAGCAGCAGGGGCAGGAGGGGCAGGAGCAGGGGCAGCAGGGAGUGGUGGUGGUGCGGGGUAUGAGCCUUUGGCUGCAGGGCCUGUGGGUGGGGCGGAAGGAGAAGCAGCGGAGGAGGAGGGAGGAGACAACCAGGGGCAGGUGUGCCCGGAAGACCACACCAGCUUCAUCAACCUGCGCUUGUGGCACCUCAGCUAA